UCGAUUGGGACCUCAGAUGGGAAUGAGAUCAGAGCUGUGAUAAUGGACUUCUCAUCUAAAUAUAUCCUCGAUGAAUCUGGAGUUGAAGAAGAGGCGGAAGAUGAGUGUGAAGAUGUGCUUGAUGAUUUUGAUCCAGAAGCUGAAGGUUUUGGCGGAUACGAGUGUGCAAUCAUGGAUGAAGUUGAAGAGGAAGACCAACAGCCUCCUGCUGGAAAGCCUUCAAAAUCUUUGAACACCAACAAAAUGAGCCUUUCUUUGUGCAAACUGGUUGAUGAGCCAGCCGAGCAAGCCGUGGACGUUUCAGAACUGAUAACCUGCAGCAACCCAAAUUCUUGCGGAGCCGUGCUCUCCUAUAUUGACCAGCUGGAAGACAUUCCGGACGAUGACACAGCAAAGUUUUGGACUUGCAAGUUUUGUGGUCUGAAGCAGAGAAUUGCCAAGAUGUCUCCGCUGGAAAGGCAAGAUGUCAUAUACUGCGAGAGGCCUUGUGAACCAUUGGACAACACAGUGGUUGGACCCCAGACAACUGUUUUUGUCAUGGACAUAUCGGGCUCGAUGAGCAAGUCAAUGACAAUAAACCCAGCAACCAUCAGUCCUAGCCUUAAGGAUCUUGCCUCAACUGAGCAGAGGGAAUUGUUUGCAGCCCUUUGUCCAGAGAUGGUGGGCCAGCAACUGCCUGGGGUCACGGAGGUCACAAGACUGCAGGUCGUGAAGGAUGCUGUCAUGGAAGGCCUGAAAAAGAUGAACCCGUGCGACAGAGCUGGACUUGUGGUGUUUAAUAAUGAAGUGACAAUAUAUGGAGAUGGAACGGCUCCCCCCACGGUAGUGUCCGGCGGUCAGUUGUUUGACCGUAAAGAGCUACUGCGGAUAUCUGGAGAACUAACGUCAUUAAGUCCUUUAACAAAUGAGGCCAAGCAGAGGUUGCUUGGAAUCGUGAACAGCCUAAAGGAGGGAGGAGAAACUGCUGUGGGUCCAGCUCUGUACCUGGGAGUAGCUCUCGCCUCACAAGCCAAAGUCGCUAAAGUUGUGCUCUGCACUGAUGGGCUGGCCAAUGUGGGACUUGGAACCUUGGAAAAUGUUACCUCUGAGCAGGAGACAGACGCUAAAGAGUUCUACGAACGAGUCAUCACUGAAUGCCAGCACAGCGGGGUGUCUGUGCAACUCCUUUCUUUCUCGGACUGCACAGUGGGUGUGGAGACUCAGCUGGGAGCCGUGCCGGUGGAGACUGGAGGAAUGAUAUUAAAAUCGACAGACAGAGAACCAGAUCUGUCCCAGAUCCUGGGCAGUGUGCUGACCAAUGAAAUCAUUGCUACAAGGGCCGACGCCAGAUUGGUGGUCCACCAAAAGAUGUUUGCCAAACUGCCGGGGGCGGGAGAAGAAGAUCUGGAGAGUUCAGUCAGUCACAUGAUGGGCAACAUUUCCCGCUGCAAGAAGCAGUGCUACGCUUUUGGCGUCAAGCCAGAGGCUGGACAAGAUGCUCCAGUGCCUUCAAGCGAUGAAGUUCCACAACCAACAGAAUACCCCUUCCAGUUCCAGAUCAACUUCACUUCCAUGGAAGGUCGAGUGGUCACCCGAGUGUGGACCGAAAAGAAGCCUGUCACCACAAGUCGCACAGAGGCCGAGCAAAACUGCGACGUUAGUGCACAGACUGACAACUUCCUCCUGGGCUCCGCCACUGAACUUUUGAGCACGCCCGGGCCUCAGCUGCUGAGAAAGGCCAAGCAAAUUGUGUCGGAAUGUGAAAGCUUACAACAAAGGCAAGGUCAUGGACAAGUGAGGGAGAUGCUCUCAAAGUUUCGGCAAUGUGUGACAAAGAUUGCACAGCUCCAGAAAAUUGACGAGGACAGUGCCCUGUUUCUGCGGAGUCUCCAAACUGGAGCCUGAAAUGAGGAAAAUGCGAUGACGUAGAAGACGUGUCGCUCUCAUUUCUCGUGGGUCAUCUGCUGAUUUACCGUAUAUAUUGUUUCUGUAUGCUGUAUAGUUUGGAAUUUGUCUUUCCACCCCCAUUGUCCACUUAUACGGUACUGUAAAAGCUUGAUGACACAAACUUUUCAGAAGGAGAGAAUAUGCCCGUGUUAUGCAAGUUUCGUGGUAAAGGGUGUUGCAAUGCAGAGUAAAGAGAGGAAAAAACCCUGGAGAUUUCAAAUCCUUUGUAGCAACAGGAAUUUUUUGCUAAACGCAAAAUUAUUGCAAUUAAGAAUAAUCAUUUUUUUUUUUUAAUGUACAUUCUUUUUACACCCUUCUCGAUACAAUUUAGAUAAUUCAGGGGGUGAGC